CGAAGAUGUUAGCAUAUAAAUAUACAGCCAUAAGUCUGUUAAUGAUGAUUGCUUUAGUAGAUGCUCAUCAUUCGGAUUUCAUGAUGAAAGCACUGCUUCAUGGAGCUAGUAUGGGGAUGAUGAUGAGAGGUCCACCUAGAAUGAUCCCUAUACCUAUACCUUUUUCUAUGAAUAUGGUGAGAGACCUAUUCUCAGGCUUCUCUGCCAACCGCAAGGAGUCUAAUCAAAAUGGUUUCAAGCGGCAGUUUGAUGGACCAAACGUAGUAGUAGUACAACACCCUAGUCCUGAACCCAAAAUAAUUGUGAUUAACACCUCUUCAAACCAAGGAGUCCAGCAUUGUUGUCAAGGUUCCAAUAAGCAGUGGUAGAGUUAAGAGCAAAAAUAUCAAAGUUACAGCAAAGGAGAGAAAGAAAAAGUGUGCCAAAACAAAGAUUGAAAAUUGUUCCGAACAUCUAGAUACUUACUCCAAAGCGUAGAAAAGCCGUUUUUAUGGGAUCACAGUACCCUUGCAACAUUUUUUUUUAAAAUAAA